UUAAAGAGAUUAAUAUUAGCAAACUAAGAUUAUUAACUAAUCCAAUUGCUAGAAUUUGUACUGUUCAUAGUGGUGGUACUGAUGCAUUCAAAGCUAAUUCAGAUAUUGCAAAAGAACUUGAAUCCCAAAUUUUAUUAGCUAAGAGUGCUCAUGUUAUGCUUAGACCAAACUUGUAUAUAAAA